AUGUGUAGGUAUAUAAAGCUAUCGAUUUAACAUAGACCUUAUAGAAAUGGAUAUACGAUUACAAUUCUAUGAUCAUAAACUUCCGGAAAGCUUGAGAUAAAGGCAUAUACUUUAAAAUGAAAUUUCUCCAACUCUGAUCGACAAUAUACGCUUAUAUUUUUUAAACUUGUUGGGUGCAACCAUUGCUUUGCACUCGGGACCGGCGGACGAUUACUGGAUAAAUCUAUAUUGCGGCGGAUUCCGGAGAUAGUCGAUGUAUCAAGAAUGUGAAAUUGUUCUCCAUUUGUGUGAAAAUUCCUUUGGAAUAAAUUGACAAGCAGCGGUGACCAUUAUUUGAAGGAUCGUAAUUUAAAUAAGGUUGGAGCCAUUAACUUCAAAACUGCAAAAACAAACGUGAAGUCGUUGACGUUUGUUGUAUAGGUACAGGUACUAGUGUGUUAAUAAAUACAGAAAAUGGAGAGACGUAUAUUGCAGUGUGGCGACUGCUUUUCUGAUAAGGUUAUUGGGAUUUGCAAAACUGUGACAAAAAACUGUGCGAUAAAUGCUUUAAGAAUCACACCAGAGAAACAAUGUUCAGUACACACAUCAUUUUUCAAAUUGAAGUAGAAUAUAACUCAAGUAAAAAAUGAAUUUGCAAACUGAAAAAUCAGCUGAUACGGGAUUAACGUCACCGAUCGAUGUUGAUGCUGAUAUUCACAAGCAAAAGUGUAAAGAUCAUACUGAUGAAAACCAGUCGUUUUAUUGCGAGAAACAUUAUGCAUGUAUUUGUGGUCGUUGUUUAUUUUCAAAUCACUUUUCUUGUUUGGAGAUGGUGGUCGAUUUAAACAAUGCCCAACACGACGCAGAACACGUGAACAAAAGUGUUUCAACAUUGCAUGUGUUGGACGAAGAAAUAGACCACAUUAUGUCCGAACUAGACGAAAACAGACGACAAAAUGAUAAAUGUAGAUCAAUCUUUACAGAAGAGAUACAUGAAUUUCACGGAUCGUUAGUCCAGCAACUUAACAUGUUGAUGGCAAAAGCGGAAGAAGAAAGUGAUAAUUUUCACAAACAAAAUAUAGACGUACUGGAUGACACGGAACUUAAAUGUAAGGAACAUAAACAAGUUUUACGGCAGCAUAUUCAAUACUUAAAUGAGUUAGAACAUAAAAAUCAUUAUCGGCAUUUAUUUGUAGCACUUAAGAAAAUGGAGAUGCAUAUAGAUUCAUUAAAAGAUAAAAACGUUAGGUGUAGACAUGAAAACCGUAGAGCUAUUCAGAAAUAUGAAUUUGUUAGCAACUUGAAGUUUGAUGAAUUAAUUGGUGAAGAUGAGCAUAUUGGAACUCUUAAGAUUGAGUGCGAUGGAAGCGAAGAAGUAAUUGAUAUCGUUGACGAGCAAAUAAUGAAACUCCAGAAGGCGUCGGCUGUUGCUGAUGAAAGAACGGGAGAUGAGCGAAAUGAAGACAAAACCUCCGAUGAAAAAGCAAAUACCCAGCGUGAUGAUCGUUUAGAACAUGAACGCGUUCAAGGUACACAGCGCCACUAUGAUGAAGAAAUAGAGCGUCUUAAAGAGCUGGAAGAAAGUAUUCGAAAACGAGAAGAGACCCACAGUAAAAAAGAAAUCGAGCAUGACGAAAAGCUAAAAUGUCUGAAAGAAAACGAAAUUGCGAUUUCCAAUCUAGAGAAAAGCAUUAAUUUUGAAAAAGGGAAAUGCGAAAGUAUGAAGCAGGAGUAUGAACAGAAGAUUAAAAAACUACAAGAAACAUUGUGGGAUUCUGAAAAGAAGAUUAAAAAUCAAGAACAAGAUACACGCAUAAAGAGAGGAAAGGAGAGAAAAGAAACAGAUAUCAAACGGAAUUAUGAAAUGACGAUUACAAAGUUACGAAAACAGAUUGAAAACUUAGAAGACGUCUUGUUUGUUAGUUUUUUAUUGUUAAUUGUAUGUUGUUUAUUGUAUGGUGUUUAUUAUUAUUAUUUUAAAUAACAGAAACAUAUGCGCCUUUAAAUAAGGAGAAAGACAUGCGAGGCCUUUAUGGGACUCAGGCCGAAACACGAUUUCUUAAAGAUGCCAUGUUGACAUACCAAUUGCAUCAAGGUCUCCAUGAAAAAACACUGUGGUCAGAUUUAGAUCGUAUUAAAACAAAAUAUUCAACGAAAUAAUUAAUACUGUUACAUAUAAAAGUUAUCGAUGAACUGGCUGUUUUAUAUCUCUUUGUGCACGUUUCUUUUAGUACACAUGUAUACCUAUCUGAUAUAUAA